CGGGCACACUGUACCAGCUGGCAUCUCUUAAGCGCAUUGCCGUUUGGUGAUAUCAAAGAAAACAACUUUCGGGUUUUUGUGAAAUUAAAUAAAAGAAGUGUUGCAAAUUGGCAUAGAGUUAAUUCAAGAUGUCUAAUAUUACUGCUGCGGUUAUAGCAAACCGCAACAAGAAGCAUUUCCUUGGCGUUCCAGCUCCGCUAGGCUAUGUGGCCGGUGUUGGUCGUGGAGCCACGGGAUUCACCACACGGUCCGAUAUCGGUCCCGCCCGUGAUGCCAACGAUGUAUCUGAUGAUCGUCAUGCGCCUCCGGCCACUAAACGUAAGAAAAAAGACGAAGAGGAGGAGGAGGAUGAAGACUUGAACGACUCAAACUAUGACGAGUUUAGUGGUUACAGCGGCUCCCUGUUCUCCAAGGAUCCGUAUGACAAGGACGAUGAAGAGGCGGACGCCAUCUACGACUCGAUCGACAAACGAAUGGACGAAAAGCGUAAGGAAUAUCGUGAUCGGAGGCUGCGCGAGGAUUUGGAGCGGUAUCGUCAGGAGCGACCAAAAAUUCAGCAGCAGUUCAGUGACCUCAAACGCUCGUUGGCUAGCGUCACAUCGGAGGAAUGGUCCACGAUUCCGGAAGUAGGCGAUAGCCGCAAUAGAAAGCAGCGAAAUCCCAGGGCUGAGAAGUUUACGCCCCUGCCGGAUAGCUUAAUAUCCAGAAAUCUUGGUGGCGAGUCGUCCUCCACGUUGGAUCCUACCUCAGGCUUGGCUUCGAUGGUGCCUGGUGUAGCCACUCCGGGUAUGCUGACACCCACAGGAGAUCUGGAUCUCCGCAAAAUCGGACAGGCGCGUAACACUCUUAUGAACGUCAAACUGUCUCAGGUUUCUGAUUCUGUUACGGGUCAAACGGUAGUAGAUCCCAAGGGAUACCUCACCGACCUGCAGAGUAUGAUUCCCACCUAUGGUGGUGACAUAAAUGACAUCAAAAAGGCUCGCUUGCUGCUCAAAAGUGUGAGGGAAACGAAUCCCAAUCAUCCACCAGCCUGGAUUGCUUCAGCUCGAUUAGAGGAGGUCACAGGAAAGGUUCAGAUGGCCAGGAAUUUAAUCAUGCGGGGCUGUGAGAUGAACAUCCAGUCCGAGGAUCUUUGGCUGGAAGCAGCUCGCCUUCAACCGCCAGAUACAGCCAAAGCGGUGAUCGCGCAAGCUGCUCGUCAUAUUCCAACCUCCGUUAGGAUUUGGAUUAAAGCAGCUGAUUUGGAAUCAGAAACAAAAGCCAAGCGCAGAGUUUUUAGAAAGGCUUUGGAACAUAUCCCAAAUUCCGUUCGUCUUUGGAAAGCCGCCGUGGAGUUGGAAAAUCCCGAUGAUGCACGUAUCUUACUAUCCCGCGCCGUAGAGUGCUGUAAUACGAGUGUUGAACUUUGGUUAGCCCUUGCACGUUUGGAAACGUACGAGAAUGCUCGAAAGGUUCUGAACAAGGCUCGUGAGAAUAUACCCACAGAUCGCCAAAUUUGGACCACGGCCGCCAAGUUGGAGGAGGCCAAUGGUAACAUCCACAUGGUGGAAAAGAUCAUUGAUCGAUCACUGACUUCGCUGACUGUCAACGGGGUGGAGAUCAACAGGGAUCACUGGUUCCAAGAAGCCAUCGAGGCGGAGAAAUCCGGAGCCGUCAACUGCUGUCAAUCUAUUGUAAAGGCUGUCAUUGGAAUAGGCGUAGAGGAAGAGGAUCGAAAGCAGACCUGGAUCGAUGAUGCAGAUUUUUGUGCAAAGGAGAAUGCUUUUGAAUGUGCUCGAGCAGUAUACGCUCAUGCCCUUCAGAUAUUCCCCUCUAAAAAGAGCAUCUGGUUGCGGGCCGCCUAUUUUGAAAAGAACCAUGGCACCCGCGAAUCUUUGGAAGCUUUGUUGCAGCGAGCCGUUGCCCAUUGCCCUAAAUCGGAGAUUCUCUGGCUGAUGGGUGCCAAGUCGAAGUGGAUGGCUGGGGAUGUCCCGGCGGCGAGAGGGAUUCUUUCUCUGGCCUUCCAGGCCAAUCCAAAUUCCGAAGACAUUUGGUUAGCAGCCGUUAAGUUGGAAUCGGAGAACUCGGAAUAUGAACGGGCUAGACGUUUGCUGGCCAAGGCUAGAGGUUCUGCACCCACGCCUAGGGUGAUGAUGAAAUCAGCUCGCCUGGAAUGGGCUUUAGAGAAAUUUGAUGAAGCCAUACGGUUGCUAGAAGAAGCAGUGGAAGUGUUUCCCGAUUUUCCAAAACUUUGGAUGAUGAAGGGGCAGAUUGAGGAGCAGCAAAGACGGACAGAUGAUGCGGCUGCCACUUACACUCAAGGUCUGAAAAAGUGUCCCACAUCCAUUCCACUGUGGAUUUUAUCCGCCAAUCUGGAAGAGCGCAAGGGAGUACUGACAAAAGCUCGUUCCAUUCUGGAACGAGGUCGUUUACGCAAUCCCAAGGUGGCUGUUCUUUGGCUGGAGGCGAUCAGGGUGGAGUUGCGAGCGGGUCUCAAGGAAAUUGCUAGCACCAUGAUGGCCAGAGCACUCCAAGAAUGUCCUAGCGCUGGAGAACUAUGGGCGGAGGCCAUCUUCAUGGAAACUAAGCCUCAGCGAAAAACCAAAUCAGUGGAUGCCCUCAAAAAAUGUGAGCAUGACCCACAUGUACUGCUGGCUGUAUCAAAACUUUUCUGGUCGGAACACAAGUUUUCCAAGUGCAGGGAUUGGUUUAAUAGAACGGUCAAGAUUGAUCCCGAUUUGGGUGAUGCCUGGGCGUAUUUCUACAAGUUCGAACUGCUCCACGGCACGGAAGCGCAGCAGCAGGAGGUUCUCGAUCGGUGCAUAUCCGCAGAGCCCACACACGGCGAAUCCUGGUGUCGAGUCAGCAAGAACAUCCAGAACUGGCAGUUCAAAACACCUGAAGUGCUGCGUUCCGUUGUCCGGGAGCUUUCUAUACCUGUCUAAACUUUAGUUUAUUAUCCAUAAAUAUGUUCAGCCUAGCGCUGCAUCUCUCGAUAUGCCUUGGCUAUGCGAUAAACCAGCUUGAAGUGCUUAAAUAUGAAUUCUAAGAG